CCCUUCCUCCCCCUCCUCCCCUUCCUCCCUCCUUCACCUAGCGGCUCCAGGCGUCUCCCUCUUCAGUCACCUCAACUCCAACCAGUCGGUCGGUUCGACAGGGACCCCGCACCCACUGGAGCCGUGGUUUCUUAACAGAGAUCCGAAGGACACUCGGGGAUGAUGGGACCUAGCUUUUUGGAGCAGGACUGAGUCAGAGCGUUCCGAGCAUCCGCUACUUGUUUCCAGGUGGUUUUCUUCCCAGUGAACCCGGUUCGUAUCGCGGACACAAUGGGCUGCUGCAGCGGUCGAUGCACCCUCAUCUUCAUUUGCACUUUACAGCUGGUUUUGGCUUUAGAGAGGCAAGUGUUUGACUUCCUGGGAUACCAGUGGGCCCCCAUCCUUGCCAACUUCUUCCACAUCAUCGUCGUCAUCCUUGGACUCUUUGGAACCAUCCAGUAUCGUCCACGCUACAUUGUGGUGUAUACAGUAUGGGCAGCAGUGUGGGUGGCCUGGAAUGUCUUCAUCAUCUGCUUCUACCUUGAAGUCGGAGGCCUGUCGAAGGACAGUAACCUGCUGACGUUCAACAUCUCAGCCCAUCACUCCUGGUGGAGCGAACAUGGGCCCGGAUGUGUGAGGAGAGAGAUGCUUCAGGCUCCGGGGGUACAAACCACCGAGGGCCAGUCUUACAUUACUGUCAUGGGCUGUCUCAUGGACUACCAGUACAUCGAGGUUGUGCACAGUGGAGCCCAGAUCCUCGUUGCUCUUCUUGGCUUCGUGUAUGCCUGCUAUGUUGUCAGCGCCAUCACUGAAGAGGAGGACAGCUUUGAUUUUAUUGGUGGAUUUGACCCAUUCCCACUCUACCAUGUCAAUGAGAAACCAUCUCAUCUCCUUUUAAAGCCCAUGUAUCCGUCUACGUAAAUAGAAGAAAGGUGACAGCAGAUUGGCUUUUCGGACUUCUGUUGUGCUUGGACUUGUCAGACAUUCCAGCUCCUGUCAGUUUCAUCGUCUGUUCAUUGUGUUGUUUACUGGUGAGCUGCCCGGAGCAUUUACACUUGCCGUCACCAGCGACACGAGGAUCCCACUAGGAAAUAUCAAUAGUUACUGUUUCACGUCUGUCCUGAGCUGCCCGUUGUCAUGUGAUAUCGGCCCGUGAUUGUAGCGCGUGUGAGUGGCCAAGGAUGCUUUUGCUAAUUUAGAUCAGAGCUCGGCUGGAGGGCUGGAUUUCGGUGUUUGGUUUGUGGAAUCGGCCAUUGUGUGCCGUCUGUUUACUUUAGGGGGAAAACUGUGCGCAUAAGUACACAAGCAAAGCAGGAAGCGGCGGAGGAGGGAUGGCAGAGGACGUUUGAACAAAAAUAGAAACUGUAAAUAGCGAAACGAGAGGAAGUUUUAGUUGCAAGAGAAGCAUCUACCAGAGUCUCAUUAUCGCAGUUAUUUUUACCAAGCAGUCAAUUCACCGCUUCUGAAGUGUCAACCAUUUUGCUUUUCACGUCACGUCCUCUUAAACUAUUGACAGAGAUGGUCGCUCCACGCGAUUGUGCUGAGGUGUAUUUUUGACUUCAAGAAAAGAAUUUUUGUUUGGAUAGAAGCUUUCAAGUUUGGUGUUUGAACAGCAGUUACAUGCGUUCACUUGCAGUUAUAGUGGUUCACUUAGAAACUUCAACUUUGUUUAUGUUUGUGCGUCAAUGUGGAUCUGAAAGAACCUACACUGGCACUUUCCUCUUCUCUUGUUGGGAUGUUUGGUUCCGAUCCACGCUUGCCUUGUACCGUUGCGUGACUCGUGACUGCCCUCUAGUGGUCACAGACGCCGUGUAGCUCCUGCCGAAGGUGUCGUAGUUUUUCUAAUGGAAUCGUUGUUGACAGGGAUUUAUAAUUCAUCGUGAAGUUUACAAACUUCGGACUAGAACACCUCGUAUUGUACAUAAUCAGUGUUAUAAUCGGUAACCAGUGACACGGAAAUAACUAGUCUUCCUCACAGUGCAAUAUGAACUCGAGAUGUUUUGAAUGCACUGCUGACCAUUAAGAUGGCCGAGCGUUUACCAUCAUGACAUUCUUUAAAAAUGUGAUCCGUUUCCCAAAUUUGUUGUUCCGCGUUUGUGUUCGGACUGUUCUUGAGUGUUGUGUUUAUGUAAAUAGACCUUUAAUAAAAGGAAAUUGCUCUUUUCUAUACUGUUUUUUAAUCUCAUAAAUGAACAAGGGAUGAUAAUCUCAAUCUCUGUGGAGGAAUGUAACACUUUUUGUCAUUCACAGUUUAAUUUUUGAAGUGGGAUUGUGCCUUUCAAAAGUGAUCAUUGUUUACCAAUUUUAUUUGGACCAACUGAGGGCAAAAAAGCAAACAAAAAAUGCAUUUUCAAGCCAAGAAACUUGUUGAUCAUCAAUUUGCAUGAACAAUAAAGUAAUAAAAACAUUGUUUAAGUUCUAAAUUCCAACAUUACAGUGUGUAAAAAAGCAGUGUGGUGCUGCGUCCUCAGGACAUGAAGGCUCGGACGCUGCCCCUGAUCACAGCCCUGCAGAUGGGACAGUGGCGCAGACUGGCUGCGCAGUCGCCACACACAACCAGAUGACCGCAGGGGAUGAAGACGAUGGACACCAGUUUGUCCAUACACACUUUGCAGGUCCUCUCCUCCUGCAGCUGUCUGAGAAGCUCCUCAGGACUGUGGUCCUUCACUGUGGAAGACGGACCGUCAGCGGCUAGAAGGAAUGGCUGAUGUGAGAAAACAAAACCUCUGACCUUUCUCCUUGGUGGAGAUUUGUGUCUUCACACCUGCAGUGCUGGAUCCCUGCCUCACCUCUGCGAACACAGCAGACACUCAGACACUGUCUCUGCUCAACAAGUCUGCUGUUACCUCUGCCCUGUGGCGUCCUGCCUCCGUCCUCCUCCUCAGCCUGGAGCACAUCAGACACCAGAUCAGACACGCUGGUAUAGUGCUGACCUGUCAACAGGUACUUGGUCUGAACCAGACUCUCCAACAGCCCAACUUCAAAACCCAUCUGCAGGACAGUCUGCACCACAGGAGAGAGCAUGGUCGACGAAGCUCCCAGGCUUCCAACCACAUCUGAAACUAGAAGAACAACCGUCAUCUGGCUUCAUAUUGAUACCAAAAAAUGUAUUUGAUCAUUGGAACUGACCAUUUCUUGAGCCAACGUCUCUGCCUGAUGGACUUUCUGAUUCAACCUGUCAAAUAAAUGCGUGUUAUUCCUGCAG